UCUCUUCGCAUUUCGCUACCAUUUCUAUUGAGAUUAGGACCAGUGACGCGGAUACCCUAACUCAGUGCUUACAAAUGACCGAGACAUUCGUUUAGCCAGUUACCUAGUUUACUUGCAGAGCUCGCUGAGAGCAUCAGAAUUUGUAAGAAUGGGAUCGACGCAAUGGUGGAUGGUUUUAACGUUGGUGGUAGUUGCAGCAGCCACAAGCAUCAACAGAUUCGACCAGGACGAGUUUGAACCGGAUGACGAGUUCGAUGGCUUCGAUGAAUACGACCAGCUCGAAAACAAUAACCUGACUGAAACUGGUGGGAGGAAAGGAAAAAUAUUGUUCCCGUUUGUCAGCAUCGUGCGGUUCGCGAACACGGAGUGCUCGACUACCAACUCCAUGAACGGCACGUGUCUGGCGCGCAGGGAAUGCAACAAUCUUAACGGUACCAUCACGGGCACAUGCGCUACACGCCGAGGACGCUGCUGCGUCGUGUCUCGGACAUGCGGUACCACGACUAAUGUGAACAACACUUACUUCACGAGCCCAGGCUACCCCGCAGCGUACGCCGGCGGCCCAGCCUGCUCCAUGAUCGUGAACCGGUGUAAUGCUAAUAUAUGCCAGCUGCGCAUAGACUUCAUGGACCUGGUCUUAGCACAACCUGACGGCGACGGAAACUGCGUGACGGACUCCAUAUCCAUAACGGGCGGGAACACCAUCGUGCCUCUGCUUUGCGGAGACCUGACGGGCCAGACUAUCUUCGUGGACUUCAACGGGAACACUGCUAUUACAAUCAUAGUCACUGCUACUUUGGCAACAACCUUCGCAAGAAGAUGGAACAUAAAAUUGGUGCAGCUUGGAUGUGACUGUCCAGGAAUAGCACCAAACGGCUGCCUGCAGUACUACACGGGUGUAACUGGGACGAUCAACAGCUUCAACUACGGGACAGCCGCGAACACGGUGCUCAGUGCCUCGCUGGUGACGGGCACCCGGCAGAUCGUCAACUUGAACUACGGCAUUUGCAUCAGAAUGGAAGCAGGAUACUGUGCUAUACAGUAUGCACAGGUGGCCAAUGACGCGUUCUCAUUCACGGUGACGGGUGAUGUGGAGGGCGCAGACAACACGGUCCUGGGCACAGCUCUUGGAGCCGUCAACAACGGCAACUGUCUCACUGACUUCGUGGUCAUCCCCAACCCUACUGUGGCAGCCACUGGCGUGGCCGUCGGCACUGAUCGCUUCUGCGGCAUCGGUUUCGUUACCGUUCAAAGCGGCGCGAAGCCUUUCGUGCUGUACGUGGUCACGAACGCGAACGAAGGAGCGACGGCCGCGACUCCACCAGACAUCGCCAACAGAGGCUUCUCUUUAACAUACACUCAAAUCGCCUGCUGAAUCUCAAUGGCCAUUUCAUCCUGCUGUCUUAUUAUAAAAAAAAUUACAACAAGAAAUAUUUAUGACAUACUAGCUGAUCCCGCGAACUUAGCAUCAUUUAAACCUUCCCUGGACAUCUACAAACAUUUAAAAAAGCUAAAUCGAUCCAGCCAUACUCCAGUUUUAGUCAGACUAACGAACUGCAAUUAAUUUUUAUAUAUAAGAAGAAGAUAUAUUACUGUUGAGACUUUGUCUCUCCAUGUGGAAAUUAAUCGAAAUAUAUGAUAAGCUUAGGUUAUGUUUUUAUACUCAUAAGAUGAAUUUUUAAAUUAGUUUAUUUAUAAAAGGGUUGGGUUUUUGUAUAAGGCUGUUUAGAUUUGAAAAGAAGACAUUAACAUGAUUAUUGCAAUAUGUAUUAUUAUAGAAAAUGUGUAACAUCACAUCAUAACCAAGAUAUCAAAUUAAAGCUCGAAAGUUAUUGUUUUCUUUUCGAAAUAACUAGUUAUAAUAGUGUUAGUCUACUACGAUCAUAGAUAUAAAAUUAUUUUACAAUACAAAUGAAUAAUGAGAAAA